CGUCUGGUACCAUCCAUUCGUCCUUUAAAUAAACACACAUCUCGUCUGCUCGAUUACACCAAAAUCCUUCUCUCCCUAUAUAAUUCCCGAUCCCAAAUUUCAUCUUCCACGCCAAGAAAAUCCAACAAGUACGUGAGUGAGAGCCUUUACUCUGCAAAAACUGAUAUGGAGACGCAGCAAGAGAGAGAAGGAUCUCUACCGCCACCGCCUCCCUCUCCACGUCAAGGUGGUCACUCCGGCGGCGGAGAGUUCUCUGCGAUUCUCACAGUCCUAUUAUCCUUCAUCGCCAUCGUGACCAUGAUAGCGAUUCCAUCAUCAUCAAAUUUUAAGAAUAGCUUGUCCAUUGUGCACCAAGUCCCAGAGGGUCAUGUUGGGGUAUACUGGAGAGGAGGCGCCCUUCUUAAGAUAAUUACAGAUCCAGGUUUUCAUCUAAAGAUGCCAUUGAUAACCCACUAUGAACCUGUUCAAGUGGUUCUUCAGACAGAUCAGGUGAGAGAUAUUCCUUGUGGUACUAAAGGUGGUGUCAUGAUCAACUUUGAAAAGAUAGAGGUUGUUAACCGUCUUCGUAAGGAUUAUGUGUAUGAAACACUGCUGAACUAUGGAGUGCAUUAUGACAACACAUGGAUAUAUGACAAGAUUCAUCAUGAGAUCAAUCAGUUCUGCAGCUCCCACUCUCUUCAGCAAGUCUAUAUUGAUGUGUUUGAUCAAAUUGAUGAAAAGAUGAAAGAUGCUCUCCAGGUUGAUUGCACACGUUAUGCUCCAGGUAUUGAAAUUAUCAGUGUGCGCGUUACAAAGCCUACUAUCCCAGAGAGCAUAAGACGCAAUUUUGAACAGAUGGAAGAGGAACGUACUAAGGUCUUAAUUGCUGUUGAGCGACAGAGAGUAGUUGAGAAAGAGGCAGAGACAAAAAAGAAAAUGGCUAUUAGUGAAGCUGAGAAGAAUGCAAAUGUCAGUAAGAUCAUUAUGGAACAGAAGUUGACGGAGAAGGAAAGUACCAGAAAGCAACAAGAAAUUGAGAACCAAAUCUACAUGGCUCGGGAAAAGAGUCUGGCGGAUGCUGAUUUCUACCGUGUAAUGAAGGAAGCUGAAGCAAACAAGUUGAAGCUUACUCCGCAAUAUCUUGAGCUUAAAUUCAUAGAGGCCAUAGCUGAUAAUACCAAAAUCUUCUUUGGGGAAAAGGUACCUAAUAUGGUUUUGGAUCAGAGGCUGCUUGGGAACUUCCUGCAACAGGUGUCUGGGAGUGGGGACCUGUCAAGAGAUACGUCUAAGGAGGGGAAUUUUGAAGCUUAAGUUUUGAUUGUCACUUCUAUCAACAUGAUGUAAUGAUUGGGAAUAUAUAGAUACUGUUAGAAAUAGAUCACACAAGUAGGGAAAAGGGAAUUUUUUUGUUUUGAUUGAACCAUCUUUUCCCGGCAGGUUUUCACUCCUGAUGUGAUGAAAAAUCAUGUCUAAUUUCUGGUAUGGAAUCUAUGGAUAAAAGCUAUGAAACAGUUUGCAGGUUGAAGUUCA